AUGGCGUCGCACGGAGUUCCGCUCAACACUCUCAAGCAGUGUCUCGAGUUCCUGGAGUGGUUGAAAAAUAAUGAUGGUAAGCAACAAGAGGUGGCCAGAGAACUGGCGACGCGUUAUGGAAUUUCUAAUAAUCGUAUUUUGUUUACGGGCCAACUGCCACCUGCUGUCUCCGAAUUCCUCGGUCACGUGUCCACGUUCUAUACGAGAUUAUGCCACAAACCAGAUCCUGGCAGUUAUACAGCGAUAAACGCUGACCAAAUCGUCCACGCGCUGCUCGACUGCAUUCCCAAGUUCCUCGCCGCUUUGUAUUUUUUGUGGUACAAUGUGGAUUAUAGAUUCGAUGCGGUGGGAGGAGCGAAGUGGAGAGAUGAUAACCCAGGGUGGGAAUUGGAUCGACGGACUUGGUAUGGUAAAUAUUGGGGUGGUGAACUGCAGAAUUAUCUCAGGAUGUUACUGAGCGUUAAAUACGGUGGCCUCAUAGCUGGUGGGUUCAGUGAAAACGAGGUGACGUAUGGUUAUGAAUAUGAUUCUAUCUAUGGUUACUGGUACGGUGAGAGCAUGGUAGAUGACCUACAGAAGAUUUUGAACCAAACACUCCACAACGAUUUCCGGGACGUAUUUUUUACAACAGUCAUUUCUAAAUCCGGCACCCAAAUUUCUAACACUGCGAACGUGCUUGCAUUGGUGAGAACGUUUUGCCAAAUCGUAAUUUCGGUAAAGAACUCUGACGUCGGUAAGUUGACAAAAGCUUUGGAAAGGGAGUUAAAAGACAAAUGUAUUAAUUGGCCUAAUUUAGUAGCCCAUUGCAAAACUCUUGAGCAGCAACUUGGCAAGAUUUUCAAGAAGGAAGGCUUUUCUCACACCGGCCAGGCGCGGCGUGUUGAUGAGCUUAACACUGAGAGAUUUGCGGGGGAGACAGCAAAAUGGUUUAGACAACAUUUGCACGAUGUUCAACAGAAUGUGAAACAUAUAAAUAAAGGUUUCCCAGUCGACGACACUCUACAUUUGACAGCUCUUCAGCCAUUUGCAACCAAAAACAUAUUUCCCUACGGUUUUAUAUUUGGUGACCAAGGCUAUGGAACGAUGGGUGACGCGUGGAAGAAGUUGUCGGAUCAUUGGCGCAAUGUUAUAGAUAUGCUGGGCAGAUAUGAUGACGGUUUGGCGAAGUUGAAAAGGCUUCUGGAUGGUGAGCGGUGCCCUCCGCCUCAAAAACCACGAUCAAGGCCGCCGCCUGCUCUAAGACGUGCCAUGCCUGCGCCUGCACCAGGGACCUCCAGGAUUCAGACCGGAAGGACAACCGGUCCAAGAGGCAGUGGAGGUUGGUUGUCUCGUGGCAGUCAGGGUUCUGGUGUUAGAGGAGGGGGAUGGCAUAACCAUAGAAGCAGCAUCCAAGGUAGAGGAGGGGGGCAAAACAGGGGAAGGGGGCCUGGGCCUCCAAGAGGCAGAGCACAAGGCCCAGGGGCUCAUGGCGCUAAGGGCGUACAGAGGAGUAGACAUACAGGGCAUAGGGCAUCUACUGAGCCUCAACUCUUACAUCGUCAAUCUACUUCCCAGUCCCAUCCUCAACAACCUUCCCACAGUGCUCCUAGAGUCCCUAUUCCACUGGCUGAAAUACUUCCGACUCCACCGCACUCUGUGUCUCAAACCUCUGUGCGUGGCCCCUCAAGUGCGUCCAGCUCCAGCUCUUCGUCAUCUAGUGUCAAUGAUGCCGGUGGCAUGGGACUGGGUACACAGGCGGCUGCUUAUGGACAUAGUCAACAAAGUGGCAAAAACUUAGCUCCCAAUCAAGACAUCGGCCAAGUCUCCAGGUCUGAUCCGUCUUCCGAUUUAGGCGCUGGUGAACGUGCAGGACUGGGUGGGGUGCCAAGCGGUGGUGGGAAUCUGACUGUGGAUUCAAUGGACGGUGUUUCCAAAGCCGCUGAGCCUGUUGUCCCUCUAAGCGUCAAUCUACCUCAGACUCCAAGUGAUCCAGGCAGUCCAGGGCCAAGCCAAGAUGGGGCCCCGGGGAAAGUUGGUACGCUAGUUGACCAGGUUCCGGAUUCAGACAGCAUGGUUUCUUCGGGAAUACAUCCUGUUGUCUCCUCAACUGCUACGCACACUCAGGCUACAAACGUUCAAGCCCCAGAUUCCCUGUCAUCUGUUGUCCCUCCUCCAGGUGGUGAUCAAGGCCGAGAUAGACAGACGCUUUCUUCUAACCCUACUCAACAAAAUUCUCAUCUAUCCUCAGAUGUUAGAAGCACACAUCAAGGCACCCCCGGCGCAGACAGUCGCUCGCCCGCUGUAAGCAGUGCGGGUCCAGGUGGGAAUGACGCCAGUGGAGGGGGUGGGGGCUCUGCAGGUGCUACGGAUGGCGAUUCUCAGGUAGACAAUCAUUCUGGUAAACCUCCUAACACCUCUCAACCUUCUCUGCAACAUCAGACUCCAGGCCAUUCAGCCCCAGGUUCUCCAUCAUCUGAUAUCCCUGGUUCAAAGGGCGGUGUUACUCCAGAUCAAAAGCCUGCUACCCCUCAAGUCACCGUGCUUACUCAGCCUCCGAGUGGUCCUGGUUCAGGCACUGGACCAAAUGUUGGGCAGGGGGCUGGUACACAUGGUAGUCAACAAGUUACCCAACGAACAAGUCAAGGCACCGGUCAAAGUACAAGCAGCGGCGCUACUCCGUCGGGUGCCCCAGCGCCUGGUUCAGGUGGGAGUGGGAAAGCUGCUUCCGUUGUUAAACAAACGUGUUCCGAUGAUCAACUUCCAGCUAUAGAUCUUUCUGGCAAAGAUAUCUGUCGGCCUAAAUCUACGACGUACCAUCGCAAGUCUCUAUCUCCAGACCUGCUAAAAAAGCUAAGUGAUAUAGUUCCGCAAAACCAGUACACUCAAGCCCCUAAAAAAUCCAAACCUGUCCAAACACAAAUUCCACCCCCCCUUUCAAGUCAGCCCAGUCCCCCUCAAUCCGAACAUCAGCCCACUGGUGGUCGCCCUCGCCCUGGGAAGACUUACUAUGUUCCGGGAGAGAGGCGAACAAGGCAGGGGGACACGGAUCUGACGGCUAUGCAGCCUGACGAAUUUACUGGUGAGGUUAUAAAGUACACCGCUACUAGAACACCACAAGAAAAAGUAGGAAGGAAAAUAAGAGCCCAACAGCAAGCGAUAAGGUGGAACGUGGAAGCUGAGAACGCAAGGCUCAAAGAAAAUCAAGACAGGUUAAACGCGGAACAACAAAAGAAGGCGGAACAAGAAUGGGAAAAACAAAAACAAAGGGGGAAAGCCACAAAAAGAUAUGAUGAUGACGUUGUCAGAAUAAAAAAUAUAUUGCAGAAGUCAAGAGAUGAAGAAGCGGAGCGUAAAAAACUACAUGACUGGGCGGGUGAAGCAUUAGAUGGCUUCCAGCCUGCGGAUCAGUAUCCACAAUCCACUAAUUAUUAUCCACGGUACUCAUCAGAUUUGUACGCUCUUAACGGCGGCGCUAUGCCAGACCCACAUGAACAGCAAAAUGAACGUGAACGUGAAGAACUUGAUAAGCUGAUAAGUGAGUCAGAUGAGUUAAGAAAGCAGGCGGAAGCGAAAUAUGCCGCGGAUCAAGCAAUUGGUAGAGAGUUUUACGAGCAGGACCUGCUUGAAGAUGUACAUGAAGAGCUCGUUGACAUCCCACCGCAACCUAAGGUGGAUGGCCACGCCAUAUUACGUGACACUACGGAUCAGAAAUACGACGUGCCGCUCAUUAUAGACGCGGGACCAGCCGGCAUACUUAUACAACGUGAAAACAUGCGUCCGCUUCCGGAAGGAGUUAAACCGGGCGAUGACUUGGAAAAUAAGCUGGAGACUGAGAUUGAACUAAAAGCACUUCGAGAAAACGUUCCUCAUACGACCGUACUCAAGCAUAAUACCUCAGGAAUAACCGGAGAUACUACGGAAAACUCCGACAGUAAAAGGGCAAAACUGCUGCAAGGCAUGCUUCUAGUUUCAGGUAAUCGUUUGAAACAGCCGGAUGUGGACGUAGUGAACGCCCAUCGAUCUACGUUUGACCCCAACUUUGUGACUAACCCAUUACCUCCAGAGCCGAAUGUAAAAGUACCUAAGAAGCCUAAUCGCCAGUCUACUAAAAGUCACAUCUCGCCGAUGCAAAUGUUCACCGAUAGUCCUAGGCCCAUACCUCUGCCGGAACCACCAAAGAGGUUGUUGCCGCCGGUGCCAUUUUUAGAAUUCCCUGCCCCGCCCCUGACGCCGGUGGAGAUCGAAGCACCCCCGGGCGUCAUGAUCAAUGAGCCGAUAUGCCCGGCAAACUACCCCAGUGCCACCACCGAAAAGCUCCCGCCCACCGACGCCUCCAAACCCCCGCCCCGAACGGUGCGUGACAUGCUGUGCUGGCUCGGGGAUCUGCCGAAUUCACUAGGCUACGCCGCACUGACUAAGCACCUCGAGAGUCUGUUUGACAACACUAUGAUUAUUGCAUCGUCAGAGUCUUUCUCAAAUGCAAAUGUCAUCGGUGCCCUCGCUGACACGUGCGGCCAUGCCAGCACUGUACUCGCGGGAAUUCAUGGGCCCAAGCCUCCGGACCUAUCGCAAUUCCACUACCAACGCUAUAGCAUAUCGUUGAUGUAUUAUGCAACUGACCCUUAUAUUCUUCUGUGCCAGUUGCUCAGUUACGUAUACGCUUCAUACCAUCAGUUAUCGUUUUUGCGCACUAUGUGCUGGCGGGACUCCGACCGGGGCGGAUGGUGCGACUGCCAGUUUGGUAGAGAUGUGGAGAUUUCCCAAGCUUGGAAGUGCCUCAAAAAUCCUGUAGACCCUUUGAAACUUCAAGGUCACGAUUGCGACGCCUCCCCGCUCCAAGGCUUUCUCACCGACCAGUCCGAUCUCUCCACCUACUGGUAUCAGAGGGGCGACAUCUGCCGUCGGAGCCGUGUAAGAAUGGGAUUUCGUCCGGACCAUUUACGUCAAGAGUCCAAGCAUGGAUUCUACAUUUAUCAGAUUUUGAAAGGCCUGUGUUACAACAAUGCCGACCCACUGGAGAAGCUUUGCACAUACCUCAACUGCCUCGCCAGGCGGACGCCGCGCACCACCGGGGAGCUUGUCUCCUUCUUCCACAAUUUCGGGAAUGCUCUUCACAAGUCUCCUUCACAGCUGUCUCCACUGGGCUCCGCCCUCUCCACUCCACACGAAAACUGCCCCGACUGGGACUGCCUCAAGGCCGCCGACCUCCGAGUCGUCCAGGGCAUCCGGGGCUCCGCCACUCCCAACUCCAACCACGACAAGGACCAAGAACAUCCCAAUACCCUGUCCACACUGCUUAGCUGCGGCAUCACUAACGCCAACUGCCAACAACUGAUGACGCCCAUCACCUACCGGGCCUACGCCCUGUACUCCCCGAGCUUCGCCCACCACUAUCUCAGCUGGACGACCUACCUACCCGACAGACUCUGGGAGUCACUGUAUCGGCUGCGUUAUGAUUUGAAGAGGCAUAGAUUUGCGAAGUGUCCAUCACUCAACGCCUGUCCUGAUGCCCUACCCCUCCUCUACCGUCACGGGUUCACGCCUCCGGACAGGGUAACGCAGUCCUCACUCACGUGUUCAGAGGUCAUCGCCAAGCUGAGGGAAGUGGUCGCCGGAAAGCCUAUCGCAGACCUCAUGACCGCCAUGGACACAUUCCUCUACGGCAUCAGGAGACCCUUCUUCUACACUGUGUUCACACUCUGGCUCAUCGCCACGCUCUACAUCCUCAUCGUACUCCUCUACCGCAUGGACGUCCUCCACAUCCGCUCCCACCUCCUGACGACCAAAGCCUCCCACCUCAUCGACGUCAAGGCGCUGCUCGCCGGCAGCCGCAGGAUGCUCUCGCUCUACAAGGACAACCUUUUAAAAGUCAGUAAAUCGCUGGAACAAUACAUUACGGACCUGGACAAGUGGAUUGACAAAACCACAAAGGACAUUGUGGCCGCACAGAAAUUAGUUCAGAAGAUUUUGGAUGAGGUAAAUGGGAAUGUGAAAGAUAAACAUCUGAACCAUAAAAACAACCUCGACGAGGCGAUUGAAAAAGUUCAAAAACAGUUGCAAGAGAGAGCUGACGAUUUGACACAAUGGAAGGAAGCGGCUGAGAAAGUGCUCCAAGGAACGAUUACGAGUUCUACUUCUGUGCAUACGGCAUUAGAUCACAGUAAAAAAGAUGGCGGUGAUGCGACGAAUAUUGGCAAAGGAAUUCAGACAAUUGAGACAGCUAAAGGAAAAGUUGAGAGCGUGAACACUGGGCUUCAACAGGUUCACAAAGAUUUGCAGACUUGGAAUUCCGCUGCAAGCGGUGUGCUCAACAAUGUGGUUAGCAAAGCGCAGGACGUGUAUAAAAGAUUGGAUCCUGGUGGUCAGGAUCAUGAUCAUAAAAUUGGUAGGAACAUUAAGACUAUUGAAGAAGCUAAAACGCAACUUGACACGGCUAAAAGCCAACUUGGCACACAAGUUGACAGCCUCAAUAAGUGGAUCUCCACCGCUGAGGGGAUACGCAAGGCCGCGGAGGACAAGGCCAAGGAAGCCUACGACAAGUUGAAGGUUAAUAAGACUCUGGAUCUGAAUGUUAAGAAGAUUGUUGAUGCUAAUGAGCGAAUUAAAGGAGUGCAUACGCAGCUGAGUGGUGUUCAUGGAAGUUUGGGAGCGUGGAAAGGCAAGGCACACGAAGUGCUUACCGGGGCGAUAGGGAAGGCGACGGAAGUUCAUGAUGCAUUGGAUAUAGAUGGUAAAGGAAAGAGUAUGCCGCUUGGUGAGAAAAUUAAGAACAUUGGAGAUAACAAUAAAUUAAUUCAGACUGCGAAUGAACAACUUGGUAACCACGUUAAGAGUCUGGGGGAUUGGAAGUCUGCCGCCAAGGAAGUGAUUGACAAGGCAGAGGGAAAGUGUGAGGAUAUACUUAAGAAAGUGAAAACAGAUGAGAAAGCUAAAGAAGCUGUGAUUUAUACGCAAGCUCAGACUUUACAAGACCAGGGCAAAAGACUUUUUAAUGCGGCGACUGACGCUAAAAAGGCUGUUGAGGAUAAUGUCAAUAAGGCUCUAAAGGCUGUUGUGGAGAUGGACAGAGAUCUCAAGAAGGAUUUGAGGAAUGUUAAAGAUAAGAUUAAGGAAGGGAUUAAGGGUGUGAUUGAGACGUUGAAAGUUAAUGAUUUGGAUACUUUGGUGAAAGGGGAUUUGCAGAGUUUGAAGCAGAAGAUUGAGAAGCUUUCUACAAACGUGGAGACUAGUAAAGCAGGUAGUGGGCUUGUUGGUACGCAGUUGCAGACACUUGCAUCCAAGAAGACUGAGUUGGAUAAUGGUGCUGUAAAAAGCAUUCAGAAUGCGGAAAAUGGGCUUGGACAGAAGUUUACUGACCAUAUUCAAAGUGCGCUUAACGAGAAGGUCCGAGCAGUUUACACGGCGAUUGGGAAGCUUGGCGGGAAGUUUAAAGACAGUGGCGGAAAAGAUCUGAAGACCUUUGGAGAGAUUUUUGGGCAUAUUAAAAAGCAGGUUGGGGAUAUUAAGGGGACGUCAGGAGACCCCAAAGCAGGCCUGGAUGGAAUUGCUGCCGGGUUGAUUAAUAGCUAUGCCGAUGGGUUUAAAAGGUUUGAAGGGAUCGUGACAGGAUGGGCGGAAGGAAUUUUGGGGAAUAAUAUGCCUGGACAUGAUACAAAGGCGCCUACACAGUGGCUUGGACAGUAUAUUGAGGAAAGGACGAGUGGGAGUAGGAGCGGUGUGGCGGUGAGCGAGCGUUUUCCUGAGCUUUUUCAAGUGCGCGAGGGAAUUAAAGAGGCGAUUAAGAAUGAGCUCCAGAAUCAAAUUGAUAAAGGGAAGGCAGAGGUUAACAUCUCCACUGGGAAAAUCAAUGAAACCAUUAGAUCUGUGAAACAAGGCUGUAUGACAUUUGCCAGAGAGCUUGAUAACAGACUCAAGGAGGGAAUUGGUAAUCUUGCCGAACAGGUUUUCAAAGGGAUAUCAAAGGGGAUUAACAGUGGCAAGGACAAAGAAAUUAAACUCGUCACUGAAGCCACGCUUCUCGGUCUUUCCGCCACCACCAGCCAGGUGGCUAACGAAAUUGAGUCCAUCCUGCUCGGCGACUACAGGAUAGAGAAGGGCAGCAAAAGAAGCAUCGCAAGCGAAUUGGAUAGAGUAGUUGAUGAGACUAGGACGCUCCACGAUCAGCUUGAAGGGGCAACUGACUCCUCAUCUCCCGGACAAAAUGAAAGCCCCGCCCAAGCCGUGGACAGUGCGUUCGACAAGACGAAGAAUUUCGUGAGAGAUAAAGGCCCUGAUGCUGCUGAGAAUAUUACCUACAAGUUUAAUAAUGAAGUCACAGCUCAGCUCACCGCCGCAGUUCAAGACCUUCCCACCGCCGUUCGCAAUUUCAACAAAACCGCCGAAGCACAGAUCAAGGCUGCGGCCCAGACGGCGAUUAAGGAGGCGGCUAACAUAAUUAGCAAGACUGAUAAAGUAGAGUUUGAGAAGGGUGGUAUCAUGCCGCAAUUCUACGACACGUUCACUCCCAUUAAAGAUGGCCUCCAAAAGCAAUUUGAACAGCAAGUUGAUACGCACAUUGGGGGGGAUGAUCCGCAAAGUGGUGUUAACAUUAAAGACAGUGGACAGUUUAAGGAUUAUGAAAGGCAUAUUACCCAACCUGUCAAACUAACUCUAACGGGUGAGAAAAAUUCAGACGAAGGCAAGCUUCCACUGGCGAUCGGGAACAUCAAGAAUCAGGGUCUGGCAGCGCUUGAAAAGACUAUUGGCAACAAUGGCAGCGGUCCAAUUAAAGAAGCAACCUUUACCGGUCCGUUCAAUACAAUUAAGACAGAGCUUGACGAGGUCAAGAAAUUGGUUGAUGAGGAAAGCGAUGAUGACGAUAAAAAAGGCAUACAAAUUUUAUUGAAGAAGCUUAAAGACGCACUGAAUACAGGACAGUUUGGUACUUCGGAUAAAGGUCUUGAAGCAAUCAAAACGGCGAUUGAACAACUGAAAACAGGGAAGUAUGAUAAAAGCAGCAGUGAAAUCGACUCAGCCGUCACAGCAAUCAGGAGGGAGCUCGAAGGGCUUAGAGAGAAGUUGAAGAGUGGCAGGAAGGAUGAUGUAAUUGAAAGACUGGAACACAUGAAAAAAGAGGGGUUUGGUGAACAGGAAGAUUGGACACCGAACGGCGCAAAGCUCAGUGGCCUUGGGAAAAUCCAUGGUGACCUUGAAACACAAAAUGACAUAUUGCCAGAGCAAACGAAAAUUAUCGAGAAAGCCAUCGCCGAUAUUAAGUGGGAGCUUAUAAAGUUGGGAGCCGAUUUGGAUUAUCCAUUCACUCCUGAUGACAUCUUGGACAAUUUGCGACGUUUGGAAAACAAGAUUGGUAAAAAUGGCUCAAACGAUAAUAACAAUCUUCAACUGAUUUAUUAUGUGAUUAAGAAGGUGCAAGAAAAACAGUUUACGGAUAAUCCCAGAGACAUUGGUUUUGCGUCUAUAGAGAUUACAAGAGAACUGCAAAGCCUUCAAGGCGUGUUGGAUGGUGAGAAGGGAAAAGACAUCAUUACCACUCUGGAAGAUUUGAAGGGCGAUGGACUAAGUGGACAGGAGUGGAAUACAAAUGCAGCUGGAAAAAAGAAAAGCCUUCAAAACAUCGAAAGUGCGCUUAAAACUCAACAACAAACGUUGGUACAACAACCGAACAACAUUGACCAAGGCGUCCAAGAGAUCACCCAGUCUCUUGGCAGCCUUAGAGACACGUUGGAAAAAGAUGUCACCGAUAAGCUGCAGAAGCUGAAAAGCAAGGGAUUAACUGAUAAGGAUUGA